AUGGCAGGGAAUGCGAGCUGGAGGAAAAACGCAGAGACCCACAAGAUGAGUCCUGAAGAAGUGAAAAGAACAGGUGUUGAUGGAUCCAGGAGGCCACCUGGGAACAACCCUGGAGAGGUUUUGCACCAGAGGCGCAAACUACCCUUCAGCGCCACCACUAUGGCAGUUACUGGGAUAUGUGGUGUUGUAUGCCAAGAAAAACCUGAGGCCAGCGGCCACGACGUCGCAAAGGUGGCUACGGGUACUGCUGAUCCUAGAGACACUCAUCCUAGGAAGUAG